AUGGAUGCAAAGCGGCCGGGCGGCGUCGCGGCCCCAAAUCGCCCAACAAAAGAAAGGCGUUAUCCGUCCGAACUCUUGAUCUACGAUGCAGGCGACACCCGCACCGCGUGGGUGAGCUUCUGGAAGGGGAUGGCACUCCUCCAGUUCGGAAGUACUGCUGUCUUUCUUGCACCCAUACUGUAUCAUAAUGAGAACGAACCGGAUCCGAACAUUCGGCUGCUCCAAGCUGUGGGUGUCGCCCUCCUCGGCGCCAUCCCCACCGCCCUCCUCUCCUACAUGACAGCCCCCUACGUCCGCCAAGUCUACCUGCACCUCCCGACCAGCGCCGCGCGCUCCCGCGAAUCCCUCAUGGCCUUCGCGCGCAACCUGCCGCCAAGCACCGCGCUAAAGUUCCAAACCCUGCGCAUCUUCCCCCUCCAGAAGCACACGUCCGCCUACCUAUUCGAACUGCGUGCGCUCCCGCCGCGCCGGCUGCGCUUCGCGAACAUCGAGCUGCCCAAGAACGACGUGUGGAGGAGGAGGCAGGCGGAGAAGAGUCGGUGGCAGCGGGUAAAGGAGUUUCUGUAUGAGAGGAGGUUUAAGUUUUAUGUUAAGGAGGGCAGGGCGUAUACGGUGAGGAGUGGGGUGCCGGGCGUUUGGGAGGCGGUGGCGAAGAGGAUUCAGGAGCAGACGCUUAAUGAGGUGAAGAGGGUUGGGCAGAAGAGCGGGAAGGUGGUGCAGAGUGUGAAGCCGACAGCUUUGUAUUAUAAACCAUUUACCGGACAAACUGGUAUCAAUCUGCCGAAGAUAGAGCUAAACGAAAGACCUGCAGCAAUCCAGUGA